CUACAUUUUGCUAACCUACAUUUCGAUCUGUUUCGAUGUUUUCAUGGCCGACCGCUUGAGCUUGAUCUCCUUGGUGCCUUGAUCUCUUUGUUACUCCGUGAGGAGAACGAUACGGCAUUAUAUAAUGACUGAAUAUCCGCCCAUUAAUGUACGUCUGGCAGUAAACAGGGUAGACUAUAACCUAAUUACGAAUGAUGGCAUCCAGCCACGACUUUACACUCCCGGCGAGGAGAUAUCCAGUCAGCCAGAUUUUCUAAGAGGCCAUGGAACUUACGUUGAUGAUGAGAAAACGUUGCGUGCAUCAGUCGCUGGGAUUUUGGAAAAGGUGAACAAACUUAUUUCAAUUAGACCCUUGAAGGCACGUUAUAAUGGAGAGAUCGGAGAUCUUGUUGUGGGAAGAAUAACAGAAGUACAACAGAAGCGUUGGAAAGUCGAUAUAAAUGCUAAACUUGACGCUGUCCUAUUGUUGUCCAGUGUUAAUUUGCCUGGUGGUGAAUUGAGAAGAAGAUCUGCUGAAGAUGAACAGACAAUGCGCAGAUAUUUGCAGGAAGGAGACUUGAUUUGCGCAGAAGUGCAAUCAAUCUUUGCCGACGGCUCGCUUUCUCUACAUACGCGAGUGUUGAAGUAUGGCAAGCUGUCCCAGGGGAUAAUGUUAAAGGUACCGCCGAUGUUAAUACAACGCAAGAAGACACACUAUCACACUCUAGAAAGCGGAGCUACUUUGAUACUCGGCUACAACGGCUAUGUAUGGAUCAGUGCAAACAUUCAAAACGUCGAUAAAUCCGAGGGAGGUUUUACGGAAGAUCUGUCGAAAAUUCCGAUAGAAAAUCGCAACAACUUGGAAACAGGUAGUCGACAAGUAGCGUCGAGAGACAUGGACGCGUGUUUCAAUGCCUUCGAUAAAGACGGCGACGGAUUCCUGUCGAUUUCCGAAUUUGAUCUCAUAUGCCGCGCAUUAUUUCGAAAUGACCGCGGUAAGAUUUACGGCCUUGAGGAGGAUCAACUGCGCGAAGUGUAUUCAAUUUUUGACCUCAAAGGUGACGGCUUGAUCGACAGGGAAGAGUUCGAGGUCUGCUGGAAUCGAUGGAUCAAAGUAUGCACGCGUCCCAAAAGCGCUUUCCUCAUUGUGGACGUACAAAAUGAUUUUAUAACAGGUUCUUUGAACAUAAAGCAGUGCGCUGCACAACAUGAUGGUUCUGAAGUCAUUGACCCAAUUAAUCGAUUGCUGGAAACUGUGCCGUUCGAUGCAGUAUUUUAUUCCUUGGACUGGCAUCCGGUGGACCAUGUAUCCUUCAUUGAUAAUUUGCACUUGAGAGAGGUAGAUAUCAGCAGCAAUAUCUCGAAGGAAGCGGCGCGGGUGUAUGACACAGUAACGUUUCAAGGACCACCGUUGCUGAAGCAACGUCUAUGGCCGCGUCAUUGCGUGCAGGAUUCCUGGGGUGCUGAGCUUCACAAGGACCUGAAGAUCGUCGACAAAGCAAUCAAGAUCUACAAGGGUACGAAUCCAGAAGUCGAUUCAUAUUCGGUGUUCUGGGACAACAAGAAGCUCACCGAGACCACACUGUCGUCGCAGCUACAGGAAAAAGGCGCCACCGAUAUUUACAUCUGCGGAUUGGCUUAUGACGUUUGCGUGGGCGCUACUGCAGUAGAUGCGCUCACCAGUGGUUAUCGCACUAUACUGAUCGAUGACUGCAGCCGCGGUGUGGACCUCGUCGACAUCGAGAAAACCAAGGCCACCGUAAUAGGCAGCAAUGGCGUGAUAGUAAACUCCAGCCAGGUGAAGGCCAUGGUGGAAGGAAGAGACCGACGACCAGAGCUCGGAUACAAGCUGGCAUUGGAAAUUAAGCAAAAGUUGAGCUUUGGUGAAUAAUUAUAGCAAAUAAUAUAGUAUAUCUAGAAAUAUUUAAAUGGUAGAUUAAUAUGAAAGAUUGUAAUCUCAUUUUGAAGCAGACCUCGUGUGCAUAGAAAAGUUGGAAAUGAAAAAGAAAAAAAUGAAAAAAUAAUA